UUAGCUCACCUGGUCAUGACCAGAAGGACCAAGCCCAAGCAAAUAAUGGAGAUCAAGGACUUCCUUCUGACAGCAAGAAGGAAGGAUGCUAAAUCUGUUAAAAUCAAGAAGAACAAGGAAAAUGUCAAAUUUAAGGUGCGAUGCAGUCGUUACCUGUACACACUGGUCAUCAAUGACAAAGACAAGGCAGAGAAACUCCGGCAGUCCCUCCCUCCAGGUCUGGCUGUGAAGGACUUGAAGUAAGCUGUAAAUAAAACAAAGGAAAAAAACA